GGCUUGAAUGUAAUGGACGUUGAUUAAUAUAAAAAGUUACGCACUAAAGCUUUGUUAAAGGAAAGCAGAGUUUAUCUGUUGAAAUGGUCCACCCCACGCGCAGAAUCUGUUACGUGAACCUAGAUCUCUAAGAGAGCGACAGCUUUUAUUAGGGGUGAAAUGCUGAACCCUGCUUAUGUUGGAGAUCAAGGUCCAUGAAUGACUGACAUCACUGUGAACAAUUCAGUCUACAACUCAGCCAGAAGAUCCUGUCAGUUGGAAUGUUUGCAGGAGUAACUGCAGAAAGCCCCAGUGAUGCCGCUGCAACAGGAGAGGUCUGGCAUAGAGGGCCAAUUUUUUUUUUUUUUACCACAACACUGUUUGGUGUGAUCAUAUGGACAGGAAGUGAGACAUCAGUGCACAUUUAAAAUGAUAUUGGUUUCUUUUUCUGUGAAAUGGAAGAACAAGUGAAAAAUGUUCCUUUUUGUGUGCAUUUGGUGUGAUCUAGUCAAACCGAUUGGGUGUGAUAUAGCCAACGUAAAAAUAACAUUUAUAGUUUCAGAUAAAAAUCUAUUUGAGCAAUUAUCACACAUGCAACACCUCAUCACGUUGCUGUAUGCUGAAUGAGCAAAGGAAAUCCUGUGUUAACAUCGCUGCAUCUGUGAAACACAUGGUGUGAAGGUCUGACCCCGAGAGGACAACAUGGACUUUCUCAAGUGGCCUCUGUUUUUUGUGUGCCUUUGCUCUAAGGGUUCUAAAACUGAAGGCUCAUCUUGGACAAUUAAGGUGCCGUCCUCAGUAAAAGGUCUCCCUGGAUCCUGUGUGGUGAUCCCCUGUUCGUUCAACUACCCAGAUCCAGGCAGGGUGGUCACUGAAUUCACUGGGAUGUGGGCCGAGGGGGAACAUGAGAUCAUCUAUCACCCAGACAAGUUAACAGUGAAGCAGCAGUAUCGGAGUCGGACAGAGCUGUUGGGAGACAUCAGUCAGAAGAACUGUUCAUUUAAGAUUGAUCCCCUUAAACAAAGUGACCAAGGGCCAUUUUAUUUCAGGAUUGAAAUGGCAGGCUAUGAAAAGUUUUCUUACAAAGAGAACACAGUCUCCAUUACAAUGAGUGUACCAAAUCCCAUCCAGUUCUCUGUGAAAGAGGAGGUAGUGGAAGGUGAUAAGGUGUCUGCAUCCUGCUCAGUGUCUCACUCCUGCCCCACCUCUCCUCCUGUCUUCACCUGGAGUCACACUGGACACACACAUGUCCAACCACAGCAGCUUGACGAUGGCCAGUGGAGAACAACAUCUACCCUAAACUUUCAAGCUACCAGCGCUGAUCACAACAAGCCUUUACAGUGUACUGUAACAUACCAUGGAGGGCAGCACCAAACAACAUCCAGAGACCUCAAAGUAAAAUAUGCCCCAGUAAAUGUGACGGUUGAGCACAAGUCAGAUGUAAAGGAGGGAGAAGCUGUGCGGCUGAGAUGCUCCAGUGAUGCUCACCCCCCCACCAGCAGCUAUCAGUGGCAUAAUGAAACUGGUGCUCAGCUGCAUCAAGGAAACGUCUACAUGCUGCCAAAUGUCUCCAGACACACAGGAGCUCUGUACUGUACUGCCAUCAAUGCAGUAGGACAAGGCAAUUCAAGCCCUGUGCAGCUUAAUGUGUUAUAUGCCCCUGAGAUUAAGACGGCUUCUUCCUGCUCCUCAGAGGCAGAUAUGGUAAAGUGUGUGUGCAUUGCGGAGUCCAAGCCUCCCAGCAUUGUCUAUUUUGUGCUUUCUGACAGAGUCCUGCCAAGCACCGAGGUAGAGAAACACGGCUUUGUUACCAUUGGGACUCUGCGGGCAAAGUUUGGAUCUUCUGAGGCUGUCUACUGUCUGGCAAACAACACCCUGGGCAAUGCCAACCUCACACUCGCUUUACCUUACAGUAAGAUGCAGAAUCUGUAUAUUAUCAUCGCUUCUGGAGCAGGAGGGAUUUUGGUGAUGCUUUUAAUAACAGUGAUAGUUGUUAAAAAAUGCAGGGGGAGGUCUAAGGAUGCACCAACACCUCGCAUGAGCUCACUGAAAACAGAUAAAGAUGUGGUGCUCUCUCAGUAUGCUCCAACAAAAAGAAUAGAAAGGUGCUAUGAUGAGGUACAGUGCUCCGGCAAUUACGUCGAUGAUCAUGUGUAUGGCAACAUGGAGAUCGACUGCGAUGAAACAAUAUAUGCCAACAUGUAACAUUGUUGAACUCAUUUGAGGAACAGCUCCAUCUGAUGUGGGUCAAGAAAGUUGUACAAAAAAUAUGCUUUCUUCUGUAUAUAAGUGCUGUUUUUCCCCUGUAAUUCCCACAUAUUUUUGAAAAUAAUUCCCUGACUGCUUGUCCGAUCAACAGUAACAAAUGUGAAUGAUGAAAAGUAAUUUGUUAGUUACAUAUAUGUUUGAUAACUUUUAAUUUUCAGUCAAAUCAAUGUAUUAGUCACCUAAUGGCAAUACAUCUUGUCACACCUUUUGAAUGUCCUCUUAAGCUGUAUCUGUAUUUGUAUGUACUGUAUAAACACAUGUAUUUUCACAGAUUGUAUUCAUUUAUUAAUCAACUAAAACAAACUGAUAAAGUAAAUAUAUUCAGUGUGUACUCA